AUGUCUUCCAAAGCUGUCUACCUGCUUGGCGGGCCAAGUAAAGGAACUCGUAUGCGACCCUUAACACUUGAUAUUCCAAAGCCAUUGUUUCCAUUGGCAGGAAGAGCUGUGAUUUGGCAUGGUAUACAAGCCCUUUCGAAACUUUCAAAUUUACAAGAGGUUCUUUUGAUUGGAUUUUAUGAAGAUUCUGUCUUGGCUCCUUUUGUAAAACAAGCAAGUAGGGAUUUCCCUUCGCUUCAGAUUAGAUAUAUGAGAGAGUAUGAAGCUUUAGGAACUGCUGGAGGACUUUAUCACUUUAGAGAUGCGAUCCUCAAAGGUUCUCCAGAUCAAAUCUAUGUAUUACAUUCCGAUAUUGUCUCCUCAUUCCCACUUUCAGAAUUGAAAAGCUUUCAUGAUCGUCAUCGAGGGGUCGGUACUUUAAUGGGAAUUAAGGUCUCUAAGGAAAUGUCAACGAAGUUUGGAAGUAUCGUUACCGACCCAGAAACUUCUCAAGCACUUCAUUAUGUAGAAAAACCGGAAUCAUUCUUAUCUACUACUAUCAAUACAGGUGUUUAUCUUUUUGAUAAGUCGAUCUUUGAUGAGAUUAAGGCUGCUAUGGAUUUGAAGGUCAAAAAGAAUGCCGAAGAUCCCCUCAGGCCACAGGACGAUCAACUCCGUCUCGAGCAAGACGUCAUUGCACCACUCUCUGACCGAGGCAAGCUCUAUGUUUAUGAGACCAAGACUCAAUGGAAACAGAUUAAAACAGCUGGAUCCGCCUUACCAGCCAAUGCGCUUGUAUUGGAAUCCUACAAAUCUAAUAAUCCUGUACUCCUUCAGCAAAGCAAGGCUGCUGGGCCGGAAAUUGUAGAGCCUUGUUACAUAGAUGAGACAGCUGAGAUUCACCCAUCCGCUAAGAUCGGACCUAAUGUGUCUAUUGGUGCUGGUGUAAAGAUUGGCUUUGGUGCUCGAGUUAAGGAUUCUAUCAUCUUAGACAACACCGUUCUUGAACAAAACUGUUGUGUAUUGUAUUCAAUUCUCGGUGAAGACAACAGAGUUGGUGCUUGGUCUAGAGUUGAAGGAUCUCCACUCCCAGCCGAUGGUUAUAUCGGUAAUAAGAACAUCUCGGUAUUAGCUAAAGAUGUACAAGUGAAGAGUGAAGUACAUGUACGAAACUGUAUUGUGCUUCCUCAUAAAUCUCUCACUAGGUCUUCUGCGAAUGAAGUACUCCUUUAA